GGUCUCUGACCGCGAGGUGGAAGCUUGUAGAAAUGGGACGCCGGUCAUCAGAUACUGAAGAAGAAAGCAGAAGCAAGAGAAAAAAGAAACACCGUAGACGGUCAUCUUCAAGUAGUUCUUCAGACAGUAGAACAUACAGCCGAAAGAAAGGUGGAAGGAAGUCAAGGUCAAAGUCAAGGUCUUGGUCCAGAGAUCGUCAGCCUCGCUCACAUUCUUAUGAUAGAAGACGCAGGCAUCGAUCAAGCAGUAGCUCUUCGUAUGGCUCUAGAAGAAAACGAAGUCGAAGCCGUUCAAGGGGGCGAGGGAAAUCCUAUAGAAUUCAGAGGUCUAGGUCAAAAAGCAGAACAAGAAGGUCCAGGUCAAGACCUCGUCCACGUUCCCAUAGUCGAAGCAGCGAAAGGUCCAGUCACAGAAGAACCCGUAGUCGGUCUCGGGACAGAGAACGACGUAAAGGCAGAGAUAAGGAGAAAAAAGAAAAAGAGAAGGAUAAAGGCAAGGACAAGGAAUUGCACAACAUCAAACGGGGGGAACCUGGAAACAUCAAAGCUGGAUUAGAACAUCUGCCACCAGCUGAGCAGGCCAAAGCUAGACUACAGCUGGUUCUUGAAGCUGCUGCAAAAGCUGAUGAAGCACUGAAAGCCAAAGAAAGAAAUGAAGAAGCAGCAAAGAGAAGAAAGGAGGAAGACCAAGCCACCCUGGUAGAACAAGUAAAAAGAGUAAAAGAAAUUGAAGCCAUUGAAAGUGAUUCUUUUGUUCAGCAGACAUUCAGAUCAAGUAAAGAAGUCAAAAAGUCAGUGGAACCUAGUGAAGUGAAGCAUGCAACUGCAGCGUCAGGACCAGCAUCAGUAGUUGCUGAUCCACCCAGUAAUGAAAAAGAAAUAGACCCCAGCAGCAUCCCUACUGCUAUCAAGUACCAAGAUGACAAUUCUCUGGCCCAUCCAAAUUUAUUUAUUGAGAAAGCUGAUGCUGAGGAAAAGUGGUUCAAGAGAUUAAUUGCUCUCCGACAAGAGAGGCUCAUGGGCAGUCCUGUGGCCUAAGUAAUAUAUGUGUGGUUGAAUUAACAGUAACAUUGGAAAUUUAGGUUUUUAAAUCCCAAUAUUAAUUUUUUACUCUUAAAAAGAAUUUAGCUGAUUAUAUAAUUUAUAAAGGUAAUCUCAUUUCAUUUUUUUCUCAUGUAGGCUUGAAUAUUUGUUAAUUUGAAUUUAAUCAAACAUUGUAAAUGUUAAAAGUAGUGUAAAAUUUAAGAAUGCAUGAAAAUGUCAUACUGUUAAUAAAGCUAAUCCUAAAAAUAUCAGUGUUAAAAUAAAUGGUACACAGUAGUGUUUCUGAGUAUAAUUUGAAAAAUAUCAAGUUGUUGUUUAAAAACACAAUUUUGAUUAAUCAUGCAUAUAUAAGAAUCAAACUAUAUGCUAUAAAUAUGAGAUUUCAUCUUCCAUGUAUUAUGAAACCAUUUUUUAAUUUUUUAUUUCACCUUAUUGCAAAAUUUUAGACACAAUAAAAAGCACUCUUAACAAUCUAAGCAGAAUGAGCAUGUUAAUCUUAAAGGGAUUUCUUAAAAAUUAAAUAAAUUGAUGAUUUAUUGCUUAGAGAUCAGGUUUUACUAGGUGCUCCUUUGAAACAUGUAAGCGGAUCCCAGCUCAUUCUUUUAGAAAUCACAUGUUCAUGCCAGACCUAACCGGUUGGCCAAAUACUCACAAUGGAAAAAUCGUUUCUGAGAAACCUGGUAAGAGCUCUCACUUCAGUCUUUCUUAACCAGCUGCUAUUCCCUGCGGAGGAAGCCAGCUAAUUGUAAUUUUGAUAAGACUGUCUAUCAUUGUAGAAUACCUUUCUGUAGAAGCUGAAUGAAAAUCAACUAUGCGUUCCAUACUAACAUGCCAGAGAUAAGGGCUUUUAGGCCUUGCCUUACAAAACUAGUUUUUAACAGCUGACAUGAAUAUUUCCCUUUUCUAUUUUGUUCUGUCUGGUCUCACUCUGAUUUAGUCUCUAUGAAGACUGUACCUCAGAACACAAGAUAAACAUGUAGAGUUCUUGGGAUAAGAUUACCAAUGUAUAGGACAUUUUAAUGCCAUCUUUUUUAUAUUUCUAAAACUGUUAAAAUUCUAAUCCCUGUUAAAAAUGAAAAAUAUAAAGAUCUUACACUCAGUUGCAAAAAGUAUGGAAAAUAGACUGAUGACAAAAUACUUGUUUUCAUACAAACAUGUUUCCACAGUCUAAAUAAAUGCUAAUUAUUUUGUUUUCUUUAACUUUAAGUAAAAGUGCCCAGUAUGGACCCAUGUUUGUGUGGUUUUUAAUGUAGACAUAACAAACUUUUAGUGACUUAAAAAAGGGUUUCACUGGACAGAUACAUGCAAAAAAAUGAAAGUAGAGGGCCAGCUCGGGGUUCGCAGGUUCGGAUCCCGGGCGCACACCGACACACUGCUUGUCAGGCCAUGCUGUGGCAGCAUCCCAUAUAAAGUAGAGGAAGAUGGGCAUUUAUGUUAGCCCAGGGCCAAUCUUCCUCAGCAAAAAGAGGAGGAUUGGCUUCGGAUGUUAGCUCAGGGCCAGUCUUCCUCACCAAAAAAAAAAAAAAAAAGGAAAGUAGACCAUUAUCUUACACUAUAAGCAAAAAGUAACUCAAAUGGAUUAAAGAUUUGAAUGUAAGAACUGAACCCAUAAAACUCCUAGAAGAAAACAUAGGCAGUGCACUCUGUGACAUUGGUCUUAGCAGUAUCUUUUUGAAUAUCAUGCCUCCUCAGGCAGGAGAAACAAAAGAAAAAAUAAACAAGUGGGAUUACAUCAGACUAAAAAGCUUCUGCACGGCAAAGGAAACCAUCAACAAAAUGAAAAGACAACCCACCAACUGGGAGAAAAUAUUUGCAAAUUAUAUAUCUGACAAGGGGUUAAUUUCCAAACUACAUAAAGAACUCAUAUAACUCACAACGAAAAAACGAAAAACCCAAUCAAAAAUUGGGCAGAGGGUAGGAACAGAUAUUUUUCCAAAGAAGAUAUACAGAUGGACAAAAGGCACAUGGAAAGAUAUUCAGCAUCACUAAUUAUUAGGGAAAUACAAAUCAAAACCACAUUAGAUAUCACCUCACACCUGUCAGAAUGACUACAAUUAACAACACAUGAAACAACAAGCGUUGGAGAGGAUGUGGAGAGAAGGGGACUCUCAUAUACUGCUGGUGGGAACACAAACUGGUGCAGCCACUAUGCAAAACAGUAUGGAGAUUUCUCAAAAAAUUAAAAAUAGAAAUACCAUAUGAUCCAGAUAUUCCACUUCUGGGUAUUUAUCCAAAGAACAUGAAAACAGUAAUUCAAAAAGAUAUAUGUACCCCUAUAUUCAUCACAGCAUUAGUCACAAUAGCCAAAACUUGGAAGCAACCCAAGUGCCUAUCAAGGGGUGAAGGGAUAAAGAUGUGGUAUAUAUAUACAAUGGAAUAACAGCCACAAAAAAGACAAAAUACUGCUAUUUGCAACAACAUGGAUGGACCUUGUGUAUUACGCUAAGCAAAAUAAGUAAGACAAAGACAAAUACCGUAUGAUUUCACUCAUGUGGAAGAUAAACACAUAGAUAAGGAGAACGGAAUGGUGGUUACCAGAGGGGGAAAGGGUGAGGGAGGGCAA